GCAGCAGCCGUCAUUAUUUUCACAUCGGAUUUUAAUCCGCCCAUGACUAACAUCUGAUGUAGGGAAGAAGAAAGAGACAAACAGUCCGAAUCUGACAUCUGAGCAGGAAGCGCCGGGGGGGGGGUGGCGGCAGCACUUCUGCUAAGUGGGCAAUCGCGGUGCGGGAAGUGUCUGUGCGCGUGCAGAGGGAAAGGGGGCCGGUUACCGGGGCCAUUAGGGUUGAACACAGGGUGCCUGAAACAAACACACACGCGCACACACACACACACGCGCGCGCGCACACAGAUAGACUCAUAGAGACAGAAGGGAGGGAGAGAGAGGAAGGAGCCGCACUCCGCAUCUCUCCAUCACUUGUCCGGGCUGUUACUGUCAGUGGCGAGCUAGCGGGCGGGCGGGCUAGCUAACCGGCCAAGGAAAAGAGAUGCUUUUUGUUUCCAAAAGUGAUUCAUCUUGAACUGAUUUGUGAGCAGCCAUGACAAAAUCAUAUGAGUUCAACUGGCGGAAACACAUCCCAGAUUUCAUGCAAGAAGGUGCUGUAUUUGACAGGUUUGAUGAGGAUCCAUUCGUCUUUGAACCAGACUGUCUUUUCAAAGUGGAUGAAUAUGGCUUCUUUCUCACAUGGAAAAGUGAAGGAAAGGAAGGCCAGGUUUUGGAAUGCUCAUUGAUCAACAGUAUCCGCAGUGCUCCAGUGCCCAAGGACCCAAAGAUCCUCUCAUCCCUGGAAGCUGCAGAAAGUGACUUGGAAGGCCGCAUCAUCUGCAUCUGCAGCGGAACUGACCUGGUCAAUCUCAGCUUUAUGUACAUGGUGGCGGACAGUGCCGACGUUGCUAAGCAAUGGACGGAAGGCCUCAGGAGUGUGAUUCAUAACUUCAAAGCAAACAAUGUGUGUCCAAUGACCUGCCUGAAGAAACACUGGAUGAAGUUGUCAUUUCUGACAAACAUCAAUGGCAAAAUCCCUGUAAGAAGUAUCACACGGACUUUUGCUUCUGGGAAAACGGAGAAGGGGAUCUUCCAGGCUCUGAAGGAGCUUGGCCUACCCAGCGGGAAGAAUGAUGAAAUUGAGCACUCCGUCUUCACGUUUGACAUGUUUUAUGCCCUCACGCAGAAGAUUUGUCCACGGACUGAUUUAGAAGAGUUAUUCAAAAAAAUCAAUGGAGACAAAACUGAUUAUUUAAGCGUAGACCAAUUAGUCAGCUUUCUGAAUGAACACCAACGAGACCCUCGGCUCAAUGAGAUUCUGUUCCCAUUCUAUGAUCCCAAAAGGGCAAUGCAGAUAAUAGAGAAGUAUGAGCGAGAUGAAGACCUUAAAAAGAAAGGUCGCAUGUCUAGCGACGGCUUUUGCCGGUACCUUAUGUCAGAUGAGAAUGCCCCAGUCUUCCUGGAUCGCCUGGAGCUGUACCAAGACAUGGACCAGUCGCUGGCCCACUACUUCAUCAGCUCUUCUCACAACACCUACCUGACCGGACGACAGUUCGGGGGAAAGUCCUCCGUGGAGAUGUACCGGCAGGUUCUGCUGUCUGGAUGCAGGUGCGUGGAGCUGGACUGCUGGGAUGGAAAAGGGGAGGACCAGGAGCCCAUUAUCACUCAUGGAAAGGCUAUGUGCACUGACAUAUUGUUCAAGGAUGUGAUUGUAGCCAUUAAAGAAACAGCCUUUGUGACAUCAGAGUAUCCCGUGAUUCUCUCGUUUGAAAACCACUGCAGUAAGCCACAGCAAUACAAGAUGGCUAAGUACUGUGAAGAGAUCUUUGGGGAUCUCUUGCUCAAGCAGCCGCUGGAGACCUUCCCGAUUGAACCUGCAAGACCGUUACCUUCUCCCAAUGAGCUCAAAAGAAAAAUCCUUAUCAAAAACAAGCGCUUAAAGCCAGAAGUUGAACAAAAGCAGCUGGAGGCCUUUAAAAAGCAAAUGGAAGCAGGUGAAACGAGUACCCCCGCCAAUAUCCUGGAGGAUGAAAAUGAUGAGGAGAUUGAAAACGCUGAUGUGAAAGAUGUGAACCCAGAGCUCAAGAAUGUUACUGAUGACGAGGUCACGGAGAUAUCGGAAACAACAGAACCCACAGACAACACGGAUGUGUCUGAAGCGUCGGACCAGGACAAUAACAAGAAGGUUGGUGAAACAGCAGAGGAUGAUGAGCAAGCAUUGAUCGCCUCUUACAAGUAUGUGGGGGCCACCACUAACAUCCAUCCAUACCUCUCUGCCAUGGUCAACUAUGCCCAACCUGUCAAGUUCCAGAGCUUUGAAGUGGCAGAAGAAAGGAAUAUCCACUACAACAUGUCCUCUUUCAACGAGUCUGUGGGGCUGGGAUACCUGAAGACGAACGCAAUAGAAUUUGUGAACUAUAACAAGCGGCAAAUGAGUCGGAUCUAUCCCAAAGGAGGCAGAGUGGAUUCCAGUAAUUACAUGCCUCAGAUCUUCUGGAACGCCGGCUGCCAGAUGGUGUCUCUGAACUUCCAGACCCCAGAUUUAGCAAUGCAGCUGAAUCAGGGGAAGUUUGAGUAUAACGGGUCCUGUGGGUACUUGCUGAAGCCGGACUUCAUGCGUCGCUCUGAUCGGAUGUUUGACCCCUUCUCUGAAACCCCUGUCGACGGAGUGAUCGCAGCUACCUGCAGUGUUCAGGUGUUUUCGGGACAGUUCCUGUCAGACAAGAAGAUCGGCACAUAUGUGGAAGUGGACAUGUAUGGCUUACCGACAGACACCAUCCGCAAGGAGUUUCGAACAAGAAUGGUGAUGAACAAUGGCCUGAACCCUGCGUACAAUGAGGAGCCUUUCGUUUUUAGAAAGGUGAUUCUUCCUGACCUGGCUGUGCUGAGAAUCGCUGUGUAUGACGACAACAACAAGCUGAUCGGCCAGAGAAUCUUACCCCUAGACGGGCUUCAAGCAGGAUACAGGCACAUCUCUCUGAGGAACGAGGGCAACAAGCCGCUCUCGCUGCCCACCAUCUUUUGUAACAUUGUGCUGAAGACAUAUGUGCCAGAUGGUUUCGGAGCUAUUGUGGAUGCAUUGUCCGACCCAAAGAAGUUCCUGUCUAUUACUGAGAAGAGAGCAGACCAGAUGAGGGCAAUGGGCAUCGAAACGAGUGACAUUGCAGAUGUGCCAAAUGACAGCACAAAGAAUGACAAAAAAGGCAAGGUAAACCCGGUGAAGGCCAGCGUGACUCCACAGACCAGCUCAGAUACAAGGCAGACAUCCACGUCAGGCCCAACCAACAGCAGCGAUGCUAGGAAAGAUACUUCAUUGAUCAUGCCUCAGGUUAGCAUUGAUGACUUGAAACAGAUGAAGACAUACCUUAAAUUACUGAAGAAGCAACAGAAGGAACUCAGUGCUUUAAAGAAAAAGCAUGCAAAGUGGCACAAGUACUUUCAAUUUCAGGACCAAAGUUCCAUGCAGAAAUCCCACUGUACCCAGGUUGACAAGAUAGUGGCUCUUCAUGAUAAAGAAAAGCUAAUGCUUGAAAAACUGCUGGAGAAGGCCAUUAAAAAAAGGGGGGAAAAUAAUUGUCAGGAACUAAAAAAGGAAACUGAAAUUAAAAUCCAGGCACUGACAUCAGACCACAAAGCUAAGGUGAAAGACAUUGUGGCACAACACACCAAGGAGUGGUCAGAGAUGAUCAACUCUCACGGUGCAGAAGAGCAGGAGCUGAGGGACCAACACGUGCUCCAGCAGUGCGAGCAUCUCAAGAAGCUCAUGUUGGCUGUGCAGGAGCAGCAGACACAGAACCUGAAGCUCAUUCAUGAAAGACAGAGUAAAGAGAUGCGUGCUAACCAGGCCAAGACUUCCAUGGAGAACAGCAAAGCUAUCAGCCAGGACAAAACAAUCAAAAACAAGGCUGAAAGAGAGAGACGAGUUCGAGAACUGAACAGUAGCAACACCAAAAAAUUUCUUGAAGAAAGAAAAAGGCUUGCCAUGAAGCAAUCCAAGGAGAUGGACCAACUGGAGAAAGCUCAACUUGAGCAGCUUGAGAACCUGGAGAAAGCUAAUGAGCAGCUUUUGAAAUCACAUCAUGCAAAGUCUCAGUGUCAAGGCCAAGGACAUGCAGGAGAUGGUGAAGCUGGAGGCGGAGAUGGACCGCAGGCCAGCCACAGUGGUGUAAACUGUUCCUGUCCAAACUGAGGUUAACCUCUGCCCCACAUGGUUGGUCUCCUGGCCCUCACCUGCUGAGCAUUUCUCUUAUGAACAUAAACCUUCUGACAUAAUACUUACCCUCUCUGAGCUUUCAAGCCACUGGUACGGAUCUCUUCUGCACUUCAUCACCUCAUAUGGACACCAGUCUGACAAUGUGCCGAGUGUCCUGAGCAACAGAAUCGCCUUCACAAGUCCCAUGGAUUGUCAGUUACCACACUCAAUGUUUUUUAAUGUUUCGUCCUUGUUUAAAAAGAUUAAAACCAAGAACAGCAUAGUCUACAAGUAACAAUAUUUGUUUGACAUGCUGCUAUUUUAGAUACUCUCCCAUUGUUUGUCAUACAAGAAUAUUAGCCCUGAUGUAUUAAGUGUAUUUAUACAUUUAUUUGUAUUUUAACAGUACAAGUUUACUACACAAAGUUUAAAAAAAAUCUUGUGUUUUUGUCAGCACAAUCUUUGAAUUAUAUAAUGCACAAGAGUUAAGUAUUAUGUCAUAAGCACUUUAAAGAUGUGUAGGCUUUAAGAUAGUUAAACAUGUAGCAAUGCACUCAUUUGGUUUGUCUUUUUCUAAGAAUGUAAAAUAAUGCAAAAGUCAAGGACAGCGAAUUAGAAAAGUGAAAGUUUAUAAAUACAACCUUACACAGAUGAGAGCAUAAUGACACAAUGCUGUUGUAUUUCUUGGACAAACCAAAUGUUUUUUAAUUUAAUUUUUAUGUUUGUUAAAAGUACACAAUCAGUUAGGCUACUGUAGUAAAGUACUGUACCCAGGGGUGGGUGAUAUGGCAAAAAAUUAUAAUCACAUAUUUACAGAUAUUUUUACAUUUAUGGCAUUUAUGCCAAUUUUUUUACAUUUCAAAUUUAGUUUCUCUUAAAUGUAGCUGUCAAGUUACAGAAGAGGCACAACCAGAAACACAGCAGUGCCAUAUUUUGGAAAAAGCAAAACUACAAAAAGGCAUUAUUCUGAAUUUCUCAUUUUCUACAGUUUUAAUAGGAAUAAUGGCCUUUUCCAGAUAAAAUGUUCAUCUUUCUUUCCUGUCACAUGGAACACUUUUUUCAAAUCACAUUGCUGUCAGGGACUGUUCCUGUCUUGUGGGCCUGUGGUCUUUUAGGUUGCUGCCUUGCUUGCGAUGUACCUGGGAAUAAGCACUUAUAUUCUUGAGUGUAUUUUUUGAGUCAUACCUUUGAAAGAUAAAACUGAAAGAUAGCUGGUAAAAACCUUUAAUUUCAAUUUUUAACAUAAAUCAAAACCAGUUCAAAAUUUGAAGGUGUAAUCAUAUUUGGGAAUGAGUUAAUUUUCCCCUACAUUCAACUCAUCUUGUAUUUAUUUUCCAAACAGGUCAUUUUUAAGGCUCCUCCAACUAAAACUAGUUCAGUAGUUUCAUUGAGUUCAGUGGAUUGAGAAUGCAACAGUUCAUAAGUUAGUCCUGUCACCAUCUUUCCCGUCGUACUUUUUGACUGAAUCUGGCUGCAGUCUCUUGGUCUUCACUACGUAUACAAAAACUAACCAUCUGAAGAAAAGAUGUAGAAAUUCUUUAUUGCUAUUCUGUAGUAUUCCUUACUACUAUCUUUUGGUUUGCAGAAAUUGGCAAAAAAAAACACCUACCAAAACAUGACCUUUCCUGACAUAAAUGGGAUCAGAUCUUGAGUACUGGUUGUGAGUUAAUUCCUUAAAACCAGCCACAGCCAAAUGUCAUAGAACCACUUUUCUGUGGUUUCCCCCCCUCUCCUGCUAUUUUUGCAUAGAUCACAGCAUUACAUACCAUGGUUUUUCGUCCCUUGGGCUGGCAACCCUGUUUUUGCUUUAUUGAUACAGCUGAGCUUAUUAAAGUGAUAUGUUUUAACUUAAUGAAUUGCACAACAGACUACGCAACUCCUUGAACACACAAACUGAGCUUUAGCUGAGUACUGUUUUUGCAAAAUAGUGUGAAACAAAAUAUAUGAUGGGUUGCACAAUUAAUCUAUAAAACUGAAAAAUGAUUAAUGAAUUCUUUAUUACCAGUGCAUUCAGACAAUAGCUCAGUCACGCAUAAUUAAUAAAGAGCUCUAGCAGAAACGAGCAUAUUGCAGAGGGGGGGUGAAGUGUAGCCCAGACCAGUGUCAAAAGCUUCUGUUGUAACUCAUUCUGGCUAAUUUUUGUGGUGUUUAUAGCAGAUAUCCAGUUACAAUUUUGAGGAUAUAAUGAAAUUUUUAAACUAUUAAAGGCCAUUACAGAGUAAAUCUUAAGCACUGGCCUCAUCUGAUCAGAGCUCUCUAUGGCAUCACAGCUGCUGUGAUGUCAUGUGAUGCUGAAAGAUGUCACAAAACAUCAUUUACUGUUUUAUUAUUAAACACUUUAUUAUGUAUUGGCUUAAUGUUGACCACUUUGAGUCGCAUGCAUGAAAAGCACUUUUUAAAUUACUUUGAUGCACUGUAACACCAUUGGUUGGAAGAUAAUUUUGAAAACUGAUUAUAAGGUUCUGCCCUGUUUGGUACCUGUUGCUAACUAACAGACAAACCUCUGCACAUGUUCAUUCAAUUCCAUGGAGAAAGCCUUGCUUUUCAACAUGUACAUACAUUCAUAAUCAGUGAAUGAAGUAGAGUUAAAACUACAGUAUAAUGUACUUUUCUGUAACGUAGUUAUGGCGCAGCAGCCUGGCCUAGACUGUAUGCCAGUGUUUGCAAUUUUUUCAAGAACGUGAUGCAGUUUGUACUAGUAUCGAGAGGGUGUUGUCAUAUCUCCCACCUCUACCCAUUUUUUGUCAUUAGCUUUAAUGCAGUAGAAAACAAAGUUACUCCCUGAAUUACAACCAAAUUUAAAAUACACACCAACAAAGUUCUAUGAACGUUGAAGCCUGUUGCCGUUAAUUCUUACUCACAGUUGACACUGUUACUGGGGACAAGACAGAGUUUGUCAUGAUAGUUUCUAGCUUUUAUUUCUAGUGAACACAUGAACACAUAGUGAACACAUAGCAUUCUUGCAACCUAGAAUAAAAAUGUGUUGGGACUUUUAUUUUUAGGAAUUUAGUCUUAAGGAUUUCUACUUCCAUGCUCAAUCUGGUGUUCUCCAAAUGUUAAAUUCGUUUUAAAUCAGGAUUUUUCAGUCCUGUUCCUGGGAACCUGCUCUAUUCUAACAUUUGUUCAAGCAAUUAUUUGCCAAGUUGUUCAGAAAACCUUCUGUGUUGAUUCUGUAAAAGGCCUGCCUGAGAAGAAUGAGUCUGGGAGCAAAAUAAAGUUUGUGCUAAUUAGAAAUCAACAUGUUUACAGCUUGGUCUGAGUGCCGUGUAAACUGCUACUGAAACUGAGUAUUUUCAUAAUUUGGUAGAGGAGAGAUAUAGUUUCUGGUUGAAAGUUCCCACACAAUGAAGUUAUUUAAACUUCAGUCAACACAUCCACUUCAUAUUAAGCACUCGGUCUACACUAAAAAAAAAAAAAAAAAAAAUUCUCCAAUGGGUUCCCAGAACAAGGAUUUUUAAACUCCAGUCUACACGAUCUCACAUUUUGUCAUCAAACAUACAUAAACUAUGAGCCAUUGACAUAGCAGCAUAUUUACUGCAUUUACUAAAAACCAACUGUAACACUUGUAGUUAAAUAAAAUAUUCUGUUCAGCUGAAAUAUUAAAAAUAGUUUUGCAUAAUGUACUGUAUGUAAUUGGAAAAUUAUUCCAGAUGUCUUUACAGCAAAUGAUUAGAAUCCAACAUGUAGUACACAAGUCCCCCUUUUUUGCAUAAAAAUAUCAUGGCAAUGGACUAUGAAAUUAUUUGCGCCCCACUUCAGUAUUUCCAAAUAGCUACACCCCUCAGUUGUAUAUGGACUUGCACUUGUGCUAAGUAUUUAAAUCAGUGACUGAAGUGGAAUUUUGGAGAUAAGCAAUCCUUCAGAAGACUUGUCCCACGUACCUUUUUUUUUCUUUUCUUUUUUUUUUUUAAAAAAAAAAAAAAAAAUUGGUCACUUAAAAGACUUACUACAGAAAUGUCAUCAUCAUGCAUUUAUUGUCUGUUGUUUUGAGAUGGAGCCACCCUCUGUCCUGUCUUCUGACUUUCCAGAAUACAGUAUUUUCCUGUGUCACUCACUGUCGUAAUGGAUGGAAUCCAGACUUGAGUUAGCAAUGUAACGUGUGUUAAAUAAAGCCCCUGAUGCUCUCGACAGGUAUGACUAUCCAUUUGCAAAAUGUCACUUAACUACCACAAUUGACUUUUGACAAAAUAAACUUCAUCUUCAUGGCACUGUAUCUCAACAGUUUAUCUCAACUACAACACAAACACAAAAACAUGACAAGUUGGCAUCGUUGUAUUAAUAAGCUGUAAUACCAACAUCUGUCCUUAGAGAACAUUUAGAGAAAGGUGGCAUAGCUCAAUAUGGGUCCAGAGAGAAAGGGAGUGAUCACGUGUCCUCAUUUUAGCAAAAAUACUCCCACGAUGUAUAACUAAAGCUAGUGUUUAUGCAAGCCAACUGUGUGUGCUUAAAGGAGAAACAGAAGAGUGUUAUUUGAGUUAAAAAUAAAAAAAUUUAAAAAAAAAACUACUUGUGUGCUGAAGCAGGGGUCUGGAUUUCACCAAGCAUCUGUAAUUUUUAAAUGUAGAGUUUCUGCGUGUAACUCUCACUGAUGCCUUUCAAACGUCAACGAAGCCAAUGAAACUUCUGCUACCGAGUUGAGAAACGGAGUUUCGCAGGCAUGUCCGAAAUCAGCAAGUUACAUAAACUGAAUAAAACUGCAUACGGAAGUGAAAAUGUAGCCGCUCACCUUACGCAACACUGAGGUGCGGGACAUUUCUGUCUGUGGGCAGCAGUGGUUCUGAGCUCCUGUCUCACUUUCUCGCUGAUGGAAAGGUACUGUAGGCACAAGACUUGAGAGAGCAAGUCCUGCCCAGCACUCAGUGAAUUCUCCUGUGAAGGGUUCCAUGGCAAGCAACAGCUGGCUCAUCCAAAUCUGUAUCAUUCUGUUUUUCAUGCAAAUAUUACGUGCCCCUCUUCUGUGAGACAAUUGCUCAUUGAUGUAAACAUCUUUACAGGCGAAAAAAGUUGUCAUUGCCAUAUGUUAAGAGGAUGCGUCGACUCUUUCCUACCCAACUACAGGGAAUGUCUUUAGUUCCAGGCAGCUGUUCUGAUGUCAUGCUCAUUGGUACUACAUAGAGCAUUGAUUGACCAAAAGCUAAAGCUUUUCCUUUAUACAAGGUAUGAGAAAUACUGUAAAAACUCUACUGCUGGAGUUUUUCCUCUUUUUAAAUCUGCUGUAGUAGGACGAUAGUCACUUUAUUGUAUAUACUUGAAUGUAUGUUGUGUGUUAUUUUUGACCAGAUGGAUUCUGCAGUAUAUCGAUAAACUAAGGGCUCGGGGAAAAUAAGGAUAUGUUUGUUACUGGGGAGGUAAAAUUAUCAUCAACCAUUUUGGUUAUUUUUGUUUUCUGGUUCAUUUCAUCUUCCAGUGUUGUAUAAAAGCUAUGCUUGCAGCCACAUAUCUACAGUAUAAGUGCUUUUAAAAUUAAUAGCAUCGCUUUCAGCUGUGCCACUCAACAGAACUCUGGUUGGAUGUUAAAGGUUAUUUAAAAACGAUGCCAAA